GUGAUUGUGUCGAUGAUUUUUCUGGCUCAUUUUUGAAAAUAAAUUCCUAACUUUUAAAAUUGUAAUAGUCAGUGAUUUCACGUGAAAAUAUUAUUUGAAGUUGUUAGUGAUUGUAGACUGGCCUUAUUUUGAUAGAAGUAAGUUAUUUCUAUUUGGAUUAUCGGGAAUUAAAAGCGUAGUAGCUGCAAUGGAUAUUGAAAUAAAAAACGAACCGGUAAUCAUUGAGGGUUAUGAAUUGGUGGACCAUUUUACUGAUCGCAGCUCAAACAGCGGGACAAGUAGCUACAAACCGCCUCAACAAACGGGACAUACAGAUGUUAUUUACGUAUCCAACGAAACAGGAUUUCCAAAUGAUGAAAUGCUGCUGUUGCUGCAGCAAUGGGGUCUUGAAAUGUUAUCGGAUAGAUUCACCCACAAUCUAAUAGACGUGAGCUUACUCGAUUACAUGUUGGACGUGGAUAUUAUAGAUAUUUGUAAGGGUCUUCCUAUGCGUUACAGGAUUGUUCUACGACAGAAACUUCAGCAGAAGAGUUAUAAGAAACAGGACCAUGAAUCGGAGAGAUCAAAGGCUGAUAGCAACAGUGCAAAAGUAGAUCAAUCUUUCAUAGCAAAGAGAUCUGAACCAACGAAUAUCGUUUCUGGAUCAUCACAGGACACUAGUACAUCAAUAUCCCAACCGUCAGCUGCAUGUGCAUCGAAAACUAAACCAAAGCUAGAUCGGAAUGCCAAAUCGAAAGAUUCCAUGCCGGAAUAUGCACCACUUGAACCAAUACCAAUUAUGCGUCAUCGUGAAUCUCUUCUAGAAAUUUGCAAAUGGCACGAGAUGGGUCGUAAAUUUCUAGAGCAUUACAGAAUCGAGAAUGGCAAGCGCAUCUAUUCAGCGGUAUCUCGGAAAUAUAUCAAAAACGCUAUUGUGGAAUACUUUUUACGAAUAGGCAAAGGUCACAUAGCGGCACAAACUUUUACAACGAUGGUACAAAUCAUUCUAGAUGAGCUGCCUGAUGAAGAUCCCAGAAUUUGGUACAAUCCACCGUUUAACGGUAUGUCACCGGGAGGCUUACUAUAUUCGCGUUAUAGAUAUCUAACGCAAAAGGAUAAACGGUACCGAAAUCAAAAAUCUGACCCAGUAGUGCCACACGCUGCGUCGGUUCUGGAACAAGCAGAACGAUGUUGGAACGGACUCUCCAAAGAGGCGCAGAUGGAUUGCACUGACGCAAAAGUGAAACUGAGACAUGCUGCAAACAUGAAUAAAUCUGAGAUUUAUUCAGCAUGGAAAACCUCCUUUCCAAUUCGUCGUUACGAAGCAGUAACUAAAGGGUUGCGUCUGGAUGAAUGGGAGGUGCUAGCUAGUUACGAGGAAAUUCACGAACUGAUCAGCUAUGACUUUUGUGCAAUACAUUCGAAUGAGCAUGAUUGCAUUCGAGACAGAAUUCCUCAAUUUGUAACUCAGUUCUUCGACAUUUACCAAAGUUAUAAGGCAUCCAUUGACGAUGACAAGCAGCUUGCGAGUGCACUUUUGUCAUCGUUCAGUAAAGACGUAGAAGUUAACGAUAAGUCCAUUUUCCUAGCCUUCUACGCGUUACCACUGAUUUUGAGGCAGACUUUUAUUGUCAGAGGCAGGAAGCGUAGCAAACCUUCAGUAAAAUCGGGUCGAGCAACUUUCAUCGUUUUGUUGGAGACGGAGGCCGGCAUAACCGAAAAUAUCGCACAGCGCAAGCGAAUUGCCGCAGAAGAUGGUAACGCAGAACUAUGGCCGUACAUUAUUGCUAUCGGAAAUACGCAAUCUCAGGCAAUUAGUGGCUAUUUUGUUGUUCUGGAUAGCACAAUAUUCAAAUGCAAAUCAAUGGUGGACGCGGUAGAUCUCUUAUUCAAAAUAUACACUGUUUUUAAUCUGGAAUACGCAUACGCAUGCGAGAGCGUAUUGAAAUUCAUUCAGCAGUACUUUUAUAACUUAAUAUAUGACGGAGCUAGGCAGGAUUCAAAUGUCGUAGCGUUAAUUACAGAUUUGAACCGUAGUUUAAACUGAAGAAACAUCAGACACAGACAAUAGAUGUCCAUUUUAAGAGGCUGCAUUGUGCAGACAACAAGCUGUUUAAAUUAGAUGAACGAAACUAAAAUAAAGAAUCGAUAUAUUCCAUUUAGAAUUCCAAA